CGGGAGCGCCGGGGGCGGAGAGAAGCGGCCGGGGCGGCGCUGGCUGCGGAGGCCGCGGCGGGAGCGCAGCGGCGGGAGCCCGAGGCUGAGACUCACCGGAGGGAGCGGCGCGAGCGCCCCGCCAUCGUCCCGUGUUAUAGUUUUGCUGCUGGACUCUUCCCUCCCUCCCCCCACCCCAUCAGGAUGAUAUGAGACUUGAAAGAAGACGAUGCAUACAGGAGGAGAGACUUCAGCAUGCAAACCUUCAUCUGUUCGGCUCGCACCGUCAUUUUCAUUCCAUGCUGCUGGCCUUCAGAUGGCUGGACAGAUGCCCCAUUCACAUCAGUACAGUGACCGUCGCCAGCCAAACAUAAGUGACCAACAGGUUUCUGCCUUAUCUUAUUCUGACCAGAUUCAGCAACCUCUCACUAACCAGGUGAUGCCUGAUAUUGUCAUGUUACAGAGGCGGAUGCCCCAAACCUUCCGUGAUCCAGCAACUGCUCCCCUGAGAAAACUUUCUGUUGACUUGAUCAAAACAUAUAAGCAUAUUAAUGAGGUUUACUAUGCAAAAAAGAAGCGAAGACACCAACAGGGCCAGGGAGACGAUUCUAGUCAUAAGAAGGAGCGGAAGGUUUACAAUGAUGGUUAUGAUGAUGAUAACUAUGAUUAUAUUGUAAAAAACGGAGAGAAGUGGAUGGAUCGUUACGAAAUUGACUCCUUGAUAGGCAAAGGUUCCUUUGGACAGGUUGUAAAAGCAUAUGAUCGUGUGGAGCAAGAAUGGGUUGCCAUUAAAAUAAUAAAGAACAAGAAGGCUUUUCUGAAUCAAGCCCAGAUAGAAGUGCGACUUCUUGAGCUCAUGAACAAACAUGACACUGAAAUGAAAUACUACAUAGUGCAUUUGAAGCGCCACUUUAUGUUUCGAAACCAUCUCUGUUUAGUUUUUGAAAUGCUGUCCUACAACCUCUAUGACUUGUUGAGGAACACCAAUUUUCGAGGUGUCUCUUUGAACCUAACACGAAAGUUUGCACAACAGAUGUGCACUGCACUGCUUUUCCUCGCGACUCCAGAACUUAGUAUCAUUCACUGUGACCUAAAACCUGAGAAUAUCCUUCUUUGUAACCCCAAACGCAGUGCAAUCAAGAUCGUUGACUUUGGCAGUUCCUGUCAGUUGGGGCAGAGGAUAUACCAGUAUAUUCAGAGUCGCUUUUAUCGGUCUCCAGAGGUGCUACUGGGAAUGCCUUAUGACCUUGCUAUCGACAUGUGGUCCCUUGGGUGUAUUUUGGUUGAAAUGCACACUGGAGAACCUCUGUUCAGUGGAGCCAAUGAGGUAGAUCAGAUGAAUAAAAUAGUGGAAGUUCUGAGUAUUCCACCUGCUCACAUUCUUGACCAAGCACCAAAAGCAAGAAAGUUCUUUGAGAAGUUGCCAGAUGGCACUUGGAACUUAAAGAAGACCAAAGAUGGAAAACGGGAGUAUAAACCACCAGGAACCCGUAAACUUCAUAAUAUUCUCGGAGUAGAAACAGGAGGACCUGGUGGGCGUCGUGCUGGGGAAUCGGGUCAUACCGUGGCUGACUACUUGAAGUUCAAAGACCUCAUUUUAAGGAUGCUUGAUUAUGACCCCAAAACUCGAAUUCAACCAUACUAUGCCCUGCAGCACAGUUUUUUCAAGAAGACAGCUGACGAAGGUACAAACACAAGUAACAGCGUGUCCACGAGUCCUGCGAUGGAGCAGUCACAGUCCUCCGGAACCACCUCCAGCACGUCCUCCAGCUCAGGUGGAUCGUCGGGGACGAGCAACAGUGGGAGAGCCAGGUCAGACCCGACGCACCAGCACCGGCACAGCGGCGGGCACUUCACAGCUGCCGUCCAGGCCAUGGACUGUGAGACUCACAGUCCCCAGGUGCGUCAACAAUUUCCUGCUCCCCUUGGUUGGUCAGGCACUGAAGCUCCUACACAGGUUACUGUUGAAACUCAUCCCGUUCAAGAAACAACCUUUCAUGUAGCCCCUCAACAGAAUGCAUUGCAUCAUCACCAUGGAAAUAGUUCCCAUCACCAUCACCACCACCACCACCACCACCACCACCACGGACAACAAGCCUUGGGUAACCGGACCAGGCCAAGGGUCUACAAUUCUCCAACGAAUAGCUCCUCUACCCAGGAUUCUAUGGAGGUUGGCCAUAGUCACCACUCCAUGACAUCCCUGUCUUCCUCAACUACUUCUUCCUCUACGUCCUCCUCCUCUACCGGUAAUCAAGGCAACCAGGCCUACCAGAAUCGCCCGGUGGCUGCUAACACCUUGGACUUUGGACAGAAUGGAGCUAUGGACGUUAAUUUGACCGUCUACUCCAAUCCCCGCCAAGAGACUGGCCUAGCUGGACAUUCAGCGUACCAAUUUUCUGCUAAUACAGGUUCUACACAUUACAUGACUGAGGGACAUCUGACGAUGAGGCAAGGAGCUGACAGAGAAGAGUCCCCCAUGACAGGAGUUUGUGUGCAACAGAGUUCUGUAGCUAGCUCGUGACUAAAUUGAAACUUGAGUUUGUUUCUUGUGUGUUUUUAUAGAAGUGGUGUUUUUUUCCAAAAAACAAAGUGCAAAGCUGCUUGCAUCAGAAGGAGAUUAACACACUGAACCGCUACAAGAGGGCAAAGCUGACUUUUUUUUCUUUUUGUUUUUUUUUUUUUUUAACUUGAAAAGAUUGCAAAGGGACAAUGAAGUUUUUCAAAGAGCCAUGUCCACAAACCCGUCGUCACGGAGAGCGCAGAGGUGUCCUCUUUUCGCCUCCCCCAUUUUAACUUGCCACACCCCAGCCGUAGUGGGUUUUUUUGUCUUUUCUGUUCCACAGAAGUUAAUGUUCAGAUGUUGGUCUUGGUCAUUUGCCAACUAAUUUUAAAAUAAAAAGGCACUGCACAUAAUUUGCAUAAAGGGCCCCACGAGGGUGUUUUUUUUCCUUUUUGUUUUUUCCUUUUUCCUCCCUUUACCCCCCUCCCCCCCUCAUUUGUUUUGUUUUGGGUGGGGGGUGGGAAAUUUGGGUUUUUAAGUCCUCUAAACACACUUGGGCACGGAAACGCAGUACUGUAAGGAAGAGGGACCUCCAGCUGACACAAACAUCACCUUCAGCUGUAUGGAAGGGACGGUUGUUUUGGAGUUUGUUUGUAAGGCACAGUGAGCAUGCUAAGUGGCGGGGAUCAGAACUCUCCUGUCUGAACCUACUGAGGAGCAAAGCAGCAAUUACAUGGGAUCCCGUGGGUCUCCUGUUGGAGAGGCCACGGUAGAUAGUAAUGGAACGUGACUGGUCUCCUAACCGAGGUGCACUGAGAAGCAAUCAACGGGUCAGUCGUGGCCAGUCCUGGGGAGGUCUGAGUGGUGGUCUUUGGGAUAACCUUUGGCCUUAUGGAUUUGGACUCGAAAUUAGAAGAGCCUACCAUUUCAGAUGCAAUCACUUUUGGACAUGCUUUUGCAGACAGUCCUUAAUGCUGAAAACACAGAGAAUGGGUAAUUCAAGAGGCCUUUCUUUUAAAAUAGACUUUUGUGACCCACUAAUUGUAAGGUAUUGCAAGGUCACUUUGCGUGUGUCAUAAAGUUGACUUCCUUAUUGGUUGAAGGUCACAGAAGUAGUGGUUUGCUUUGAUGGAAAUAGCUACAGCUGUGUCCCUUCCUGCUUUUUACUUUUUUUGUUUUUUUUUUUUGUUUUUGUUUUUUUUUGUUUCGUUUUUGCUUUUUUUCUCGGCACGUGGUAUCUCCACCAUUUCUUCUGCACAAAGAUGUCUUCUGUUCAUCCUGAACAUUUUUAAAAAAUGCAGAAUUUUAUGUGACUGCUUUUUUGCCUCACAAUUAUGCUGUGAAUUUUACAAAAAUUUAUUUUCUUUUUUGAUAAUUUAUUGUACCAAAGCUGUUUUUAUAGCACAUAGAUGUCUGUAACCAAUAAUGUAGCAGUCCUGCACUUUGACACAAGGUGUAACUAGACCAUUUUUAAAUGUCAGUUGAAAAUUAUGGCUGUACUAUUGCUUAAACAAAACUGGAACUGUUGUUGAAUCCAUAGCCAAUACAUCUACAGCAAUCUGUGUUCUGAACAUAAUCGAUUGACAUCUAAUUCAAGAUGACAGCAUCUGUUACAUUCUAAAUGUGUUCAGGCUUCUGAAGGUAAAGGGACACUGGAUCCAGAAGCUAUGGAACCAGCAGUCGAUUCUUGUAUUCCUGAUUAACCUACUUGUAAACUUGAAAGCAAGACCUUGAUUGCACCAACAGGUCCAAAAUAUGAGCACGAGUAAAGCAAAACUCUCAUGCGUGACCUGAAGUGAACAGGCUGGUGUUUAACAGGUGCCUAGUUUUGAGAUUAUGCUGCCUUAAUGUAACACAGUCUGGCAGUUGCUAAAUUUGUGUUCCCAUUUUAAAUUGACCAAUUUUAGGGUGUUAUACUUUUGAGCGGUUGAAUUGGGAGAAUGAAGAUAAGUAAUUUAUCUGUCCAGGAUCAAAAGAAGCCUAGGAAAGAAGCAGUAAUCUACCUCUGCCGAUAACCCUGUUCAAAACAACUCAGCAGAACACCACAUUACUUUUUAUUGGUCAAUUCCAUGUGGCUGACUAGGUCAAUUUUUUCUGAACAAAAAGCAGGUUUUUAUAUGUAAACAGUGACAAAAAGAAAGGCUUAAAACUAUGUGAAUGUGAAUGGAAACUUGGAAAUACCGUUUUUAUAAUCCACAAAAUUUUUUUGUUGUUAAUCAGGAAAUCCAUAUUUAUUUUGUAAUUAAAUGUCAAGCCUGUGGAUGAUUUUUGAACUUGGUAGUUCAUAAAAGUUUACAGUGAAUAAAAGGAUAUCAUCUUGAGUAUAGCAAUAUCAAAAGGAAUCAGUAGUUACUGCUGUUUAGGACUAUAAGGGGAAGAUAUUAUAUGGGUCAGGUCAUUUUUUUCUGUGCUGGUUGCCACAUCUUAGCAAGCACCAAAAACGAAAGCAGUUUUUAAACCGCUAUUUACAUAAAGGAAAUCAUAAAAUCCAAUGCUUCUGCAUACUGUGUUAUGUUACAGUCCAGUUUUGUGUGCUUUACUACACGGUUUGGUUACAGGACUUCUGUGCAUUGUAAAACAUAAACAGCAUGGAAAAGGUUAAAUACCUGUGUGCAGAUUGUAAGAUCUGGUCCGGACUUGCUGUGUAUAUUGUAACGUUAAAUGAAAAAGAACCCCCCUUUGUAUCAUAGUCAUGCGGUCUUAUGUAUGAUAAACAGUUGAAUAAUUUGUCCUCAGA